AUGAAGCCAAAAUUCUGCACCUUGUGCGGAGCACACAUUAUUCAAACUUCAGCUGAGAAAUGGGCUAGGGAAUUUCGCGCGAAUGUGAAAGCCUCUGGCGUCGCCGCUAGGGACUGGAACGAUCGAAAUGAUAUCAGCAGCAUCGUUCCAGUGAAUCCUAUUGCACGCUACGAUGAUCGAGAAGUGGACGACGACGGCUUUCCCAUUGAAGAUGAUGAUGAGCAUGAGCCAGAUGUCGAGAUCUCCAUCGUCAAUAUCGUUCAUCCCAAUCCUCCUCCCGAGUGGCGCUGGGGCUUCUUGUUCCACGAUGUUUGCUGGAGUCUGUUGAACUUUGGAGAAAAUGUUGAUCUUGGUGGCCUCUUUCGACUCUGCGCCUCAACACCUAUCGGUCCUGAUGUGCUUCUCAACUUUGGGCACGACUAUGGUGGUGUUGCGGCACAGGACUAUGAGGGGAGCAUCGAGGUAUUGGUGUCUCUCUUUAGAAAGGCCGAAAAGAUGGGAGAAAUGCUCAGGGCGAAUCCUUUUGAGAUCCCCGCUCUCAAAAAGGCCAUCAACUUCUCUGCCCGUAUGCAGCAGGAUGCCUUUCAGUCCAUUCUCGACCGAUCGACCCUCAGCGCAGACAAGGAUGUCUUCAAUUACUUCCCUCCAGAGAUCCUUGAGAAGAUUGUGACGUUUCUCCCGUCUCCCGAUGUUCACUCUCUUCGCCUUGCAUCUCGUGUGUUUGCAACCCUCAGCCUCCCCGAACGCUUCUGGGUUUCACGAUUCACAGAGGGGCACGAGUUUGACUACCUUCCUGAGGUGUUCGCUACUCCCCCGACAUCAUGA